AAACCCGUUUAAAAACAAGAAGCAUUACGAUGACCAUUAAAAACGCUUGUUUAGUUUUGGAAGACGGCUCAAUUAUUUCGGGAGAAUCUUUCGGUGCAAAUCAUGAUGUUGAUGGUGAAGUCGUCUUUCAAACUGGAAUGGUUGGUUAUAUUGAAUCAAUGACUGAUCCCUCUUAUCAUGGCCAAAUUCUCGUUCUGACUUAUCCAUUGAUUGGAAAUUAUGGCGUUCCGAGUGAUGAAGAAUUUGACGUACAUAAAUUGAUGAAAAACUUUGAAGCGAAUGACAAGAUUUGGAUUUCCGGACUUGUUGUUGGCGAACUAUGUGAAACUCCCUCGCAUUGGCGUCAAAAGUACAAACUUGCUGAAUGGAUGAAGAAGCAUAAUAUUGUUGGAAUUAGUGGCAUUGAUACUCGUGCUUUAACUAAAAGGAUUCGUGAAGAUGGAACCGUUUUAGGUAAAAUUAUUCAGCAAUCAGGAGGACCAUUUCCUGGUUUAGAGUUCAAAGAUCAAAAUGAAAGGAAUCUUGUCGAUGAAGUGUCAAUUAAAAAACCGAUAACUUACAAUCCAAAAGGUUCGCCACGUAUUUGUGCUGUUGAUUGUGGCUUGAAACUAAAUCAAAUUCGUUGCUUCAUUCAACGUGGAGCUCGUGUUGAUCUAGUGCCUUGGGAUCAUCCAUUAAAUGUCAAUGAUUUUGAUGGGCUCUUCUUAAGCAACGGUCCUGGCGAUCCCGGAAUGUGCAACAAAACUGUCGAGAACAUUCGAAAGAUUCUUUCAGCUCAAAACAUCAAACCAAUUUUUGGGAUUUGUUUGGGUCAUCAACUUUUAGCAACUGCAAUUGGAUGUAAGACUUACAAGUUGAAAUAUGGUAAUCGUGGCCAUAAUUUACCAGCUUUACAUCAUGGAACAAAACGAUGCUUUAUGACGUCACAAAAUCAUGGAUUUGCUGUUGAUGUAUCAACAAUUGCCAAGGAUUGGGAGCCUCUUUUUACAAACCUUAACGAUCAUUCUAACGAAGGAAUUAUCCAUAAAGAAAAACCAUUUUUAAGUGUUCAAUUCCAUCCUGAACACACAGCCGGUCCAGAAGAUCUUGAAAUGCUUUUUGAUAUAUUCCUUGAGAGUGUCAAAGAUCAAGCUAAAGGAAAAAUUGGAAUGUCAAUUAAAAAUCGAUUAACAAAAAAGUUGACUUAUGUUCCGAAAGUUCUUCUUGAUGUGAAGCGUCCCAAAAAAGUUCUCAUACUUGGAUCUGGAGGUUUAUCAAUUGGUCAAGCUGGAGAAUUUGAUUAUUCUGGUUCACAAGCGAUUAAAGCUUUGCAAGAAGAAAAGAUUCAAACUGUUCUCAUCAAUCCUAAUAUCGCGACAGUUCAGACAUCUAAAGGUCUUGCUGAUAAAGUUUACUUCCUUCCACUUACACCUGAAUAUGUAACGCAAGUGAUAAAAGCUGAAAGACCUUCCGGCGUUCUCCUAACAUUUGGUGGACAAACAGCUUUAAAUUGUGGCGUUGAAUUGGAGCGUAGCGGAGUUUUCAAGAAAUAUAACAUAAAUAUUUUGGGAACACAAAUAAAUUCCAUAAUCGAAACAGAAGAUCGUAAAAUUUUCGCUGAACGCAUUAAUGAAAUUGGUGAGAAAGUUGCACCAUCAGCUGCAGUUUAUUCCGUCAUUGAAGCUCUAGAAGCUGCUGAAAAAAUUGGAUAUCCUGUCAUGGCGAGAGCUGCCUUUUCACUUGGUGGUCUUGGUUCAGGCUUUGCAAGUAACACAGAAGAAUUGAAGACUUUAGCACAACAAGCAUUGGCACAUUCAAAUCAAUUAAUCAUUGACAAGUCAUUGAAAGGUUGGAAGGAAGUCGAGUAUGAAGUUGUUCGUGAUGCUUUUGACAAUUGCAUUACUGUUUGUAACAUGGAGAAUGUCGAUCCAUUAGGAAUUCACACAGGCGAGUCAAUUGUCGUUGCGCCAUCACAAACUUUAUCAAAUCGCGAGUACAACAUGUUGAGAACGACAGCAUUGAAAGUUAUUCGACAUUUUGGAAUUGUUGGUGAAUGUAACAUUCAAUAUGCAUUAAAUCCAACCUCGGAAGAGUUUUACAUCAUCGAAGUGAAUGCGAGACUUUCAAGAAGUUCAGCAUUAGCAAGUAAAGCGACUGGUUAUCCACUUGCUUAUGUUGCUGCUAAAUUGUCAUUGGGAAUUCCAUUGCCAGAUAUCAAGAACUCCGUAACUGGCGUCACAACUGCCUGCUUUGAACCGUCAUUGGAUUAUUGCGUUGUGAAAAUUCCACGAUGGGAUCUUGCAAAGUUCAUCCGAGUCAGCAAUCACAUUGGAAGUUCCAUGAAAAGUGUCGGCGAAGUUAUGGCGAUUGGCAGGAAGUUCGAAGAAGCUUUUCAAAAAGCACUUCGAAUGGUCGAUGAGAAUGUCAAUGGAUUUGAUCCAAAUUUAAAGCCUGUGAAUGAAGAAGAAUUGAAGACGCCAACAGACAAACGAAUGUUUGUACUUGCAGCAGCUUUAAAGAGCGGCUACACAGUCGACAAGUUGUAUGACUUGACAAAAAUUGAUCGAUGGUUCCUAGAGAAGAUGAAAAACAUCAUUGUCGUUACAAUGGAAUUGGAGAAACUUAAUUGUGUGAUAACUGACGAACUUUUACUUGAAUCGAAGAAACUUGGAUUCUCUGAUAAGCAAAUCGCAACUUACAUCAAAGGAUCGGAACUUGCUGUUCGAAAACAGAGGAUCGAGAAUGGAUUUAUGCCAUUUGUGAAGCAAAUUGACACUGUCGCUGGUGAAUGGCCAGCUUCAACUAAUUAUCUUUACUUCACUUACAAUGCUUCAUCUCAUGACAUCACAUUCGAUGAACAAAUGGUGAUGGUGAUUGGUUCAGGAGUUUAUCGAAUUGGAAGUUCAGUUGAGUUUGAUUGGUGUGCUGUUGGAUGUUUAAGAGAACUUCGCAACCUUGGAAAGAAGACGAUCAUGGUGAAUUACAAUCCAGAAACUGUCUCUACUGAUUAUGAUAUGUGUGAUCGACUUUAUUUCGAAGAGAUUUCAUUUGAGACAGUGAUGGACAUUUACAAAUAUGAAGAUCCAGAAGGCGUCAUUUUAUCAAUGGGCGGUCAACUUCCAAACAACAUUGCGAUUGAUCUUCAUCGGCAACAAGCAAGAAUCUUAGGAACAUCGCCUGAGUCUGUUGAUUCAGCUGAAAACCGAUUCAAAUUUUCACGAAUGUUAGAUCGAAAAGGAAUUUUACAACCAAGAUGGAAGGAAUUGACAAAUCUCGCAUCAGCAAUUGAUUUUUGUGAAGAAGUUGGUUAUCCAUGUCUAGUGCGACCAUCUUACGUGCUUUCAGGUGCAGCAAUGAAUGUCGCUUAUUGCAAUCAAGAUUUAGAAACUUAUCUCAAUGCAGCAUCAUUGGUUAGCAAAGAUCAUCCAGUUGUCAUUUCAAAAUUCUUAACAGAAGCAAAAGAAAUUGACGUCGAUGCAGUUGCACAAGAUGGAGAAAUUUUAUGUCUUGCUGUAUCGGAACAUGUUGAGAAUGCGGGAGUUCAUUCAGGUGAUGCAACAUUAGUCACGCCACCACAAGAUAUCAAUCAGAAAACAUUGGAUAAGAUUAUGGAAAUCGCUAAGGACAUGGCAGCUUUACUUGAUGUCAGUGGACCAUUCAACAUGCAAUUGAUUGCUAAAAAUAAUGAAUUGAAAGUCAUUGAAUGCAACGUGAGAGUUUCUCGAUCUUUUCCAUUUGUUUCGAAGACACUCAAUCAUGACUUUGUGGCUAUGGCGACGAGAGUUAUCAUCGGACAACCAGUGGAACCAGUCGAUGUGUUGAAUGGAGUUGGAAAAGUUGGAGUAAAAGUUCCACAAUUUAGUUUCUCUCGCUUGGCAGGAGCUGAUGUGACACUCGGUGUGGAAAUGUCAUCCACAGGUGAAGUUGCUUGUUUCGGUGAUAAUCGAUAUGAAGCUUAUUUGAAAGCGAUGAUGUCAACGGGCUUCUCAAUACCCAAGAAGUCAAUUCUCAUCAGUAUCGGAAGUUUUAAACACAAAAACGAGUUGUUAACAUCAAUUCGUGAUCUCUCAAGAAUGGGCUACAAACUUUACUCAUCUAUGGGAACUGGCGAUUUUUAUAUGGAACACGGAAUUGAUGUUGAAGCUGUUCAAUGGACAUUCGAUAACAUAAACAGUGAAACUGGCGAACUUCAUCAUCUUGCUGCGUUUCUUGCUGAUAAGAAAAUUGACAUGGUCAUCAAUCUUCCAAUGCGUGGAAGUGGCGCAAGAAGAGUUUCGUCAUUUAUGACUCACGGAUAUCGCACAAGACGUUUGGCAGUCGACUAUUCAAUUCCACUUGUCACCGAUGUCAAAUGUACGAAACUUCUCGUUGAAGCGAUGCGUUUGUCAGGUCGUGCACCGCCAAUGAAAACUCACACUGACUGCAUGACAAGUCGUCAAUUGAUUAAGCUUCCUGGAUUCAUCGACGUUCAUGUGCAUUUAAGAGAACCCGGAGCGACUCAUAAAGAAGACUUCAGUUCAGGAACUGCUGCAGCUUUAGCUGGUGGUGUGACUUUAGUUUGUGCUAUGCCAAACACAAAUCCAUCGAUUGUUAAUCAACAAUACUUCCAAAUGGCUAAAGAUCUUGCUAAAGCCGGUGCACGUUGCGAUUAUGCUUUGUUUGUUGGUGCUUCAUCAGACAAUUACAAUCAAAUUUAUGAACUUGCAUCGGAAGCAGCCGCUCUUAAAAUGUAUCUCAACGAAACAUUCACGACACUUAAACUCAAUGAUAUGACAGUUUGGGAGAAACAUUUAUCAAACUGGCCAAAACGUGCUGCUUUGUGUGUGCAUGCUGAAAAAACGGCAACGGCUGCAAUAAUUCUUCUUGCAAGUUUAGUCGAUCGACCAGUUCACAUUUGUCAUGUAGCAAGAAAGGAAGAAAUUCAAAUCAUUAAAGCAGCUAAAGAACGCGGUGUGAAAAUCACAUGCGAAGUUUGUCCACAUCAUUUGUUUUUGACAACGAAAGAUUUAAAUCGCAUUGGAAAUGGUCGAAGUGAAGUUCGUCCAAUUUUAUGUUCGCCAGAAGAUCAACAAGCACUUUGGGAUAACAUUGACAUUAUUGAUGUGUUUGCAACUGAUCAUGCACCUCAUACAAUUGCUGAGAAAGAUUCCGCUAAUCCACCGCCAGGAUUUCCAGGUUUGGAAACAAUUUUGCCACUUUUGUUGACAGCUGUCAAUGAUGGAAGGCUGACAAUGGAAGACGUCAUCAACAAGUUCCACAGGAAUCCAAGAAAGAUUUUCAAUCUUCCCGAGCAGUACAACACAUACGUGGAAGUUGACAUGGAUGAAGAAUGGGAAAUUCCCAACAUUUUAAAUUUAUUCCUGGAAACUGUUGGGCGAUCAGCAUUCUCGCAUGCAAGAAGUUUGAGUGGCAAAAAUAUUCUCAGCGUUGAAAUGUUCACAAUGAAGGAACAGCUCAACGACAUUUACAAUCUUGCUUCGAUCUUCAAAGGAAGAGUUCAUAAAGAUCGUCCAUGUGAUGAUGUGUUGCGUGGGAAGAUCAUGGCUUCAUGUUUUUAUGAAGUUUCGACGAGAACUUGUUGCAGUUUCGCUGCUGCGAUGCAACGACUUGGUGGGCGAGUGAUUUACAUGGAUGAGACGAGUUCAUCAGCUAAGAAAGGUGAAUCUCUUGAAGAUUCAAUUGCUGUGAUGUCGGGAUAUGCUGAUGUUGUUGUGUUGCGUCAUCCAGAAGUUGGUGCAAUGGCGCGAGCUGCUGACGUUUGUCGUAAGCCUGUAAUUAAUGCAGGCGAUGGAAUUGGUGAACAUCCAACUCAAGCAUUGCUUGAUGUCUUCACGAUUCGUGAAGAAAUUGGAACAGUUAAUGGACUAACAAUUACAAUGGUCGGUGACUUGAAACAUGGAAGAACUGUUCAUUCAUUGGCACGAUUGCUGACACUUUACAAUGUCACGAUCAACUAUGUCAGUCCAUCAACUCUCGCAAUGCCCGAGAAAGUCGUGAACUUUGUUAAAUCGAAAGGAAUUCAACAGAAAUUUCACGAUUCCCUUGAACAAGUUCUGCCCGAAACUGACGUUCUUUACAUGACACGAAUCCAGAAGGAAAGAUUUUCAAGUGAAAAAGAAUAUAAAACAACUUGUGGACUUUACAUCGUCACACCGAAACUUAUGACACGUGCCAAAAACCGGAUGAUUGUGAUGCAUCCGUUGCCAAGAAACUUUGAGAUUGACAAAGCUUUCGACAAUGAUAAGCGCGCAGCUUACUUCAGACAAGCUGAAUAUGGAAUGUAUGUUAGGAUGAGCUUGUUGGCGCUGAUUUUGUCAAAGAAUU